AUGCCUAGGGAAAAAACACGGCCGCUCCCACCCCGGCUGCGGCUUCCGAUUGAGAUCUGGGCAUUGACUGUCGAAAAAUUAGGUGAGGAGAUACCAGAUCAUAGACAGUGGUUCUCAAGUUACGAUAGAGACCCAGAAUCCCGGCCGUGGCAGCUAUUGGCCGUCCAAAACUUGCGUCUGGUGUGCCGCACUUUCAGCAACCUCGCAUCGCCACUCCUGUGCCCAUACCUAUAUCUUGAGAUCUCGUACGAGUCUAUCGACCGCGCGAGAGAACUUCUCAAAAAUCCCCGAAUCGCCAGUGGUCUUCGCGGCAUACGGCUCUCCUUGGCUUAUCGGCCUGGACUCUUAGCUUCCAGUCGCUCGCAAUUUUCUCUUCACUGGGAAGUGAAACUGGCAAAUGCAUGUUUGGAGACGGAUUUGAAGUCAGCAAAUAUACCCGUUUCUUGGGAAGAUGAUAAUCCCGGCCUCUAUGGAAAACGCCAGGCCGUGGAAAAGCGAGAGGAUAUGAUCCGAACACUGGAAAACUUUGGACAAUAUCUCGGUCCGGUCAAUUCCACAUCGCAGUAUAACUUCUUUCGCUCCUGCCACGAGCUUUAUAAGGAGAAGCAUUGGGAACAAUUUGAGCUCUUGAUGAGCGGAUCCUUUGUUCGCCAGUUAGCUGCUGCUCUGGGUCGACUUCGGCAACCCAUCGCUCUGCACUUUACGGAUGAUAUCCAGAAAAGAUACAGCUUGACGAAUCUUGGUCUAUUUCUAGGAGAUACGGGGGUCGCAGACGCGUUUACUCAACCCCCUCCUUGGAACAGUGACAAGACAACCGGGCUGCUCCCAGCACGCGUUCUGACAGAGCUGCCCAUCGCCAUAGCUCAAGCGGGCGGAUGGCUACAAAGCCUGAAGCUCAGUUGUGUCAUAUAUAGAUGUUGUCACAUCUUCCCACCCGGCGUCUCUGCUGAGCGUUCAAUGACAGAACUCAGAAGCGCAUUUAAGUUACUACGGGUAGUUGAAGUUAAUCGUCUAGGUCACUGGUGCGCGUACACCUCGGCCUUGCUUUCCAGCCGCAGCCUUCGACAUGUGCGAAUCGGCUCGGGAGUGUCGUGGGGAUACGCUGAUACAAGCUGUGAACAGCCCGCUUGUAAACGCGAGCGACGGACGGGGCGCUGGCUCAGGACAGUCAAGCCCACCGUUAGAAGCUUAUGCAUCGAAGAUAACCAGAUCUUCCAGGCCGAGUUAAGGCAGAUGCUCUCCAUGCUCAGCCCUCGAUGUAAGGACAUACGGAUCUCAUAUUUGGAAUCACCCUAUUGUAAUUGGUCUGAGGUAUUCGACACCCUCCGGCGUAAAGCAGGAUCUCGAAUCGCUAGUGGGAAGUGCAAGUUGCACGUCGCUGGGUUGAAGGGUGGUGAAUUUCCUGAACGACCACGAUCACCAUUCGGGAGUCUUUUUGAUGAAGAUUACGAAAGAGAGCUUGCUGAAUAUGGUGGGAAGAUGAGACAAGUAUUGGAUUAUAUAGCGGGCAAGGAUGUUGAGAAGUGGUGGAGUAAAUAG